AAGUUUUCUUUUGCAAUCAGUUGCCGAAUAUACUGGUCAUUCGUUCAAUCACCUCUCAUUAUUCGCCUGCAGAUACUCGUCUACUUGGACGAGUGGGUACAUGCUGGAACCCGUUGCAACCGCACUUUUCACUUCUGUCCUUGGUGGCCAUAUAGGACAGCCGUCUGCGUUCCAGGCUGCUGCUCGAUUAAUGCGACGUUCUUCGGCAAAUAAUUUGACGUCUGAUUUCUUUAUUCCGCAACCAAGACGCGUCAAGGACAAGGGGAAAGCAAGGGCAACGGGGUUCCAGUUCGAGCAACACGAGUGCACCCCGGAUCGUUUGUCGCAAUGUCGAGAAUGGUCGUGUAUGGCCCGGCACUCGAUAUGGUGUUCAAAUCACCAUCGACGGCUUCUGAUGAAGGAGUUCCCUUUAGUUGAAGACAUCCCGUUCAGAAGUCGAAUCUCCACGCGAAUUCCCGCCACCCUACAUUCAUAUUCUUCUCGUCGUGUCGCUGUCCGUGCUCACGAUGGGCAGAGAAGACAUGUUUCGCGUACUUCGAAGACCGGGCCGCCGUCUGAAGAUUCCGGAGUUUCUUCUGUCGCCGACGAAGGUUCUGCAGCUGUUGAUGCAUCUCUCACACAUCCGGAAGUGGCGUCUGAGAUUCCACACGACUCUUCCGAUUCUCGGUGGGUUCUACCAUCGCUUCUCCUUCCGCCGGAUAAGAGCGCACAAGUAAUACAUUCCCUUCACCGUGUUACACUCAAGCCUCCAGACGACUUUGACAUUGAAGAGGCCUGGACAGUGUAUGGGUCUGUGAUUGAGGAACAUGCAAAACAUCUAACAAGCGUUUAUCUCCUCCUGCAACUCGUGGAGCACAUGUUGUACACGACUGGAAAAUGGUACGACUCAAAGACCGGACUAGAGGCGCUUCAUCAAUGGGGGGACCGGAUAAAACAUCUCUUGCGAACCCUGGAAUCUCGGAUAUUGUCCCCUUCUCGGUUUCACUAUACACACUGCUGUCUCGCCGCACGUGCACAUGCAUUAACCGGUGAAUAUGAGCUCGCGGCGCAGUACCUUCAAGCGGCACGGGCGUACAGGGAAUGCUCGCCGGUGGACCUCAUUGCGAUGUACCAGAGCAUAGUGCUGUCGAAAUUUCGCUAUUAUGAUGUUCGUCAAAUGGUCGCAUACCUGCUUGCUGAAUGGGACGACGUAAGCGCAUAUCUCGCCGUACCUCCACGCGAACCAUUUCCCCCCAACCCUGUCCGGCGCGCAUGGACACAGUUUUUCUUCGCAGUGACGGACCUACUAUGCCGUGUUCCAGAUGCAAAAGUGCUUUUUGCCCCGGAGGCGCGUCUAGACGUUAUUCAGAAGCAGCGUAUAGGUAACUUAUCAAUCCAAGCGCACUGCGCUCGUCAGCGGCCCCUGCAUGCUUGGGAGGUGUUUCGUGCGAUGCGCUCCCAAGGCCUCGCCCCACAGCUGGAGACUCACCUUGCUCUCGUCCGUGCUUUAACGAAAGAGGAAGCGAUGGGUCCUGCGAAGAAGGCCUUCUCUUACCUUGACGAAACACAUGCCAAGCCCUACCUGUCAACUGCACUCUAUUUGUGUGCCCAUGACGGCGACUUUGAACGCGCGGAAAUUUUUUUUGACCAGCUCUCACAAGACGAUCUGGUGACGAGGGAAGAUACAGCCAUGUUGAUGCAUUCGUACGCGGUACACGGCAAAGUCGAGCAGGUGUUGCACUUGUUUAAUGAGUUUUUUCCUGCGUUUGUGAAUAGCCGCGGGCAACAAAGGCGAGCAAAUGAUCCUCGGAAUGUCCAUUACGCUACUGUGCUGUAUGCUUAUGCACGUAACACCGACCUCGGUGGCAUCGACCAGUGGUUGGGGGUCAUGCAUGAGGCAGGUAUCAGGGUCAAUGUGGUCAUGUACACUAUGAUCCUCCAGGCCAUGGCCGUUAAGGGAGAUCUCGAAGCCCUAGGACUUGCGAUGAAGCGGAUGCAAAGCUCUGGGAUGAAGCCUACCGUCGCUACGUAUACGACCCUCAUUUCGACGAUGGCCAAGAUGCAGGAUCCGCUUACUGCUGAGAAGCUCUACAAGAAGGCUCUGGAAGAUGGAAUCAAGCCGAAUUCUCGGAUGAUCAAUGCACUCAUGACUGCUCAUGCUGAAGCGGGGUCAUGGAGAGGCGUUAUCAAAGUAUUCGACUAUGUCCGUUCGAUUCCCCAUAUACCAUUGACCAUCGACAUCUGCAAUAUCUUACUCAAAGCCUAUGUUCGGAUCGGAGCACCGUUCCGUAUCGUAGCGCGGCUAUUCACGAAACUCCAGCAAUCCUCUAUCACUCCUGACAAGUACACUUAUGUGCUAGUCAUCCUCGCUGCAUGUGAUGCGGGUCUCAUGCCAAGAGCCACGAAGCUGUUUGAAGAGAUGGAGCGCCUGGCAACAUCUGCCUCCGACAUCAAAGUUACUGUACACGUUAUGACGAUGCUCAUGGGAGGCUGGCUUCGGAUGAAUAAAAAGAAGAAAGGAAAGGCUGUAUACGACAUGAUGGUCUCGCGGGGGAUCCAGCCCAAUUCGAUCUCGUUUGGGGAGAUCCAGAGUGCAUAUGGUAUGGAACGCUCGGACGAGGGCCUCAAGCUCGCGGAGGAAUUCAUCGACACGCUGAUGAGUGCACCACCGGAGCACCGGACGUGGUUAGUCUCCCCGCGAAGAGGCAAGACGUCUAUGGACCACAUCUAUGCGCCGGUGCUGUGGGGGUAUUCGCGCAAGGUCCAACCAAGGGAUGUAGAACGGAUGUACCAGCACAUGUUGGACCACGGUGGCACGCCGUCAUUGGGAAUGGUCACUGCGCUGAUGGACGCCUAUAGGAGGACGAUGGAUAUCAACGCGGUGCUUCAGGUGUGGCCGCAGGUGUUCCAGCUGGGUUUACAGCUUACUCAACGGACAAGUGUGUUUGGGUUGGAUCAGGACGGCCGGGGCCAAGUGAGAGUUCGCGGAGACGUGCUGAGUAUUCCACUGUCGAUUUACAUGGAUGCUCUCUCCCGUGCCGCCCUUUUCACCGAGGUUGCCGCAAUCUGGAAGCGCUUCCAGGAUUACCAUUUCGUGUUUACGUCGCACAAUUACAAUCACCUCAUUAUCGUUCUUCUUCGCGCGGGAGAGAUCGAGCGAGCGUUUGAGAUCGUGGAGAAAGUGAUUUUACCAUAUCAGCGCAAGUACAAGGUGGUGGAGAACGAGCGAGAUGAGCAUCCGGAGACACCACUGGCGUUUGAGGAAUAUGAUAAGAUACUGGAACAAGAGCGCAAGGGUGACUGGGGCAGGGAGAGGAGGGAGUCAGGGAAGAUGCAUGUCGAUAUGUUCAAGCGGGAACCGUGGACGGAGCAGAUGAUGGUAGAGAAUGCGCGAGAGUACGACUACGCGCACCCACUUCACAUCCUGCAUCAAAUCUCCCCUGGAUGGAAUAUAUGGCGGCCUCACCGGGGGGCGAUGACCGCGCUGCUGAUGGUCUUGUUAAGACUGAAGGCAGGGCUGCUGUUGGAGGCAAUGGCUUUGCAUAAGCGCAACCCCGACGAGUUUCCGGCGCAAGGCCGUGAAGAGCUUCUGGCAGAACGCGAGGAGAGCGAGGCACUUCUGAACAGUCUGCAUGGACAGUUCCCCGAUACUAUCGAACAACUUAGGGUGUUUGAAAUCAAGGAGAAGAGUCGGUUGGUGAGCGGCUUCGAUAAGAAGUAUAGGCAGUUCGUGCCCAGAUGAUUUUGAUUUGUUGGGUUGGUGAAAAAUUGGUGGGCUAAGAGCUCAGAAUCCAUCAUCGGCUUCCCAACUGGUCAUCCUGCCGACAGUGCUUGCGAGGCGAUUACGCCCCAGUCGUCGGUCGAGAGGAGGUCAGACAGUGAGGCCGACGGGUGAAAGGAGGGGUGCUUAAAAUUUACUUGUAGAAAAGUAAAGAUGCGAAUAAACUACUACUAGUCGGGAGGCAGGUGUACAAUUCGGAAGAUAAUUUUCAUCGUAACAAUAGCUAUGGGGAGGCAAACAAGAACCUGGUUCCAUUGGUUUCAAAGCAUUUCGUCACAAUACGUAUACGCUGAGCCACGUAAGUGGAUAUUUACAGCUCGCUGACUGACAUCCAAU